AUGCUGCCUCGACAGCGCGUCCUACGGUUACCCGCGCCGACGAAGCCUUUUCGGUUACUAGCUACAUCACGGAGAUUCAGCUUAUAUUUGGGGCGGGCGUCCUUAGUACGGCAGGGGCAGCAUGCUGUGUCUGAAUUGCGAAACCCUGUAAGAGACAACCGGCCGUCGUCGGUUUCUAGUUUCUCCACAUAUGCUGCCUUAAGAAAGGACAAAGCGGGGUUCUUUGAUGGAUCUAUCGAGCCGUUGUCCGAAGAAGAGAAGAGAGCAAAUCGGGAGAACGCUGAGGCCGAGGAGGGGACCGUUGCCGAGACCAGGACAUUCGGUUCCGAUGCCCCGUCCGGAGGCAAUGGAAAGGGAACUCCGGAAUCACCGGAUGGCCGAGGAAGUGCUGCUAGCGGCGCCUCGUCAAGCUCUGCCGGGGACGGCUCGGGGGAUGGAGGCAGACGGGGCCGGAAGUCCGAUAAGGCCCUGGCCAAACCGGUUGUGCCUGAGACGUAUCCCCAGGUCAUGGCAAUACCAAUCGCCAAACGGCCCCUGUUUCCAGGGUUCUAUAAGGCUAUCACCAUCCGGGACCCCAAUGUCGCUGCGGCCAUCACAGAGAUGUUCAAGCGCGGUCAGCCAUAUGUUGGUGCGUUCCUAUUCAAAGAUGAGAACGCCGACGACGAUGUCAUCCGCAGCCCCGACGAUGUCUACGACGUUGGUGUUUUCGCCCAGAUAACCAGCGCGUUCCCCAUGACCUCGCCGAGCGGCGAAGCAGGUCUUACAGCCAUUUUAUAUCCCCACCGUAGGAUUCGUAUGUCCUCCCUGAUCCCUCCAGGGGGCGCCGAGUCCCCCAAGGACACAGUCACAGAGGAGCCCGCCACGCCGCCGGAGCCGAUUCCGAAACCGGCCGAGGAGACGCCGCAAAAGGGAGACGUGGUCGCGAGCUUCGAGGAGAGUGCUGUCGUGCAAAAACCGGAACCGAAAGAGAAGCAAUAUGAGCCGACCUCAUUCUUGAAAAAGUAUCCCGUUAGCCUCGUAAACGUUGAUAACCUCACCGAGGAGCCUUACGACCCCAAAAGCCAGGUGAUUCGUGCUGUUACCAACGAGAUUGUCAACGUCUUCAAGGAAGUUGCCAGCAUGAACAGCUUGUUCAGGGAUCAGAUCUCGACCUUCUCAAUGAGCCAAUCGACAGGCAACGUCAUGUCCGAGCCCGCCAAGCUCGCCGACUUUGCGGCUGCUGUUUCUGCUGGAGAGCCCGCCGAGCUCCAAGAAGUCUUGUCAAGUCUGAACGUUGAGGAAAGGAUGCACAAGGCGCUGCUGGUUUUGAAGAAAGAGCACGUCAAUGCCCAGCUGCAAUCAAAGAUUACCAAGGACGUCGAGAGCAAAAUUACCAAGCGGCAACGCGAAUACUGGCUGAUGGAGCAGAUGAAGGGCAUUCGGCGGGAGCUCGGCAUCGAAUCCGACGGCAAAGACAAGCUGGUGGAAAAGUUCAAGGAAAAGGCUGACAAGUUGGCUAUGCCGGAAGCGGUACGCAAGGUGUUUGAUGAAGAGCUGAACAAGCUCGCCCACUUGGAGCCUGCCGCGUCCGAGUUCAACGUUACCCGCAACUACUUGGACUGGCUUACACAAAUCCCUUGGGGACAGAGGAGCACCGAAAACUUUAGCAUCAACAACGCCAUAAAGGUUCUGGAUGAGGACCACUACGGCCUGAAGGAUGUAAAGGAUCGCAUCUUGGAGUUCAUCGCGGUGGGAAAACUACGCGGCACCGUUGAGGGCAAGAUCCUCUGCUUUGUCGGCCCUCCGGGAGUGGGUAAGACAAGCAUUGGUAAAUCGAUUGCCCGUGCGUUGAACCGGGAGUACUACCGGUUCAGCGUCGGCGGCCUCACAGACGUCGCCGAGAUCAAGGGUCAUAGGAGGACUUACGUCGGUGCCCUACCCGGCCGUGUUAUCCAGGCUCUCAAGAAAUGCAAGACCGAGAACCCUCUGAUUCUCAUCGACGAGAUUGACAAGAUUGGAAGAGGCUACCAGGGAGACCCUUCCUCGGCGCUUCUGGAACUCCUGGAUCCUGAGCAGAAUAGCUCAUUUCUCGACCACUACAUGGACGUUCCAGUCGAUCUUUCCCGAGUUCUUUUUGUUUGCACAGCGAAUAUGACUGACACAAUCCCUCGGCCCCUCCUUGACCGUAUGGAAGUCAUCCGACUUUCGGGGUACGUGUCAGAUGAGAAGAUGGCCAUCGCGGAGAGGUACCUUGCCCCGCAGGCUAAGGAGCUGGCCGGGCUCAAGGAUGCCGAUGUGGUGAUGAGCAAAGACGCGAUUGAGGAGCUUAUCAAGUCGUACUGCCGGGAGGCUGGUGUCCGGAACCUUAAAAAGCAGAUCGACAAGGUUUAUCGGAAAGCGGCGCUGAAGAUCGUCCAGGAUCAGGGUGAGGACGCUUUUCCCGAAUCACAGGCCCUCACCGACGAGGGCAAGGCGGCCCUCGAGGAAUCCAAACACGAGCACAAAGCGGAAGAAGUCACUACCGAGGCAUCUGAAAAGGAAACGACGGAACAGCCGAGGGUGCCGUUGAAGGUUCCAGACAGCGUACAUGUCGUCAUAGAUAAAGAUGACCUGAAAGACUAUGUCGGGCCACCUGUCUUCACAUCAGACAGGCUGUACGAUGUCACCCCACCAGGUGUCACCAUGGGCCUCGCCUGGACGCAGCUGGGCGGCGCUGCCAUGUACGUUGAGGCCAUCCUCCAAUCCCCCCUUAAGCCGUCAGGCCGGCCGUCUCUGGAAAUUACUGGUAAUUUGAAGACUGUGAUGAAGGAGUCUUCUGCCAUCGCGUACUCGUUUGCCAAAUCGUGGAUGGCGAAAGAAUUCCCCAACAACGACUUCUUUGAGAAGGCCAAGAUCCAUGUGCACGUCCCCGAGGGUGCAGUGCAGAAAGAUGGGCCAUCGGCAGGUAUUACCAUGGCUACGUCGCUCCUGUCACUAGCACUGGAUACUUCAGUUCAGCCCACUGUCGCCAUGACAGGUGAAUUAACCCUGACGGGCAAGGUGCUUCGCAUCGGAGGUUUGAGGGAAAAGACAGUGGCCGCGCGGCGGGCUGGCUGUAAGAUGAUCAUCUUCCCCAAGGAUAACAUGUCAGACUGGCUCGAACUUCCAGAGAACAUCAAGGAAGGGAUUGAGGGCCGGCCAGCUAGCUGGUAUUCAGAAGUCUUUGACCUCAUCUUCCCCGAACUGGACAAGGAGAAAGCCAACAAGCGCAGAGUCAGUGGGGACGAGAAGGCCAGCGACGAGAGCUCGGACAAGGACGAAAAGAGCGAUGACAGCGAAUGA